CCCCGCCCCAGCAUAUCCUCACCACUCCUCAAGCCCCUCGGCUCCCAGCACCCGCAGAGGGAUGGCGGCAACGAGGGGAGGAGGGAAAGAGAGGGACUGACAGCAACUGCUCUUUCUCCAGGAUGGGUUGAAGUGAAAACCUCCUGAGCUCCUUCUGGGUGUUUCGAAGCAGAUCCAGCCUGCCUGGCGGGGUGACUCCUCUGCACUGUCUGUGCGCGCUCCUGUGCGUGUGCUGCUGCCAUCGCAGAUGUACCAGCUGUCACUUCGCUGCGCGCAGUCGCUCCCUUUCCCGUCUCCCUCUCUCUUUCCCUCUCCCCCUAUUUAUUAUUUACAGAGGAUUACAGCCCCUUUCCCACGCUGCCAUCUCGCCGUGUCGCUCCUCUGCCCUCCACAAGGAGAGAGCAACUGGCUAGGAGGGGCUCCUGCCAACUAGGGUCCACCGAGAGCCCAGCCAGCAACGGAGGGACUUUCUGCUGGAUUUGCUUUGGGAUUGUACCGAGUUUGCUGGAGGACCUGCCAUUCUCAGAGGAGCGUCGAUCCCAGCCUGUGAGAGGGAGUUAAAUAGAGCACACGGAAAGCCUGCUGCUGGGGAGUGAAAGUCAAGGAGGGAGAGGGAAGGAAGAGACCGUAAUUGGGCAGUGCCUGGAGAGUCGGGUGGACGUGGCUGUGGGCAGAGCCCCUCCAGGACCUGGCAGGCAGGCUACAAGGUCACUCCUCUUCCCUUUGGGGCUGUGUGCCAGGCUGGCUGGUGGAUGUGAAGACAUGCUGGAGAAGACAAUGCUGCCUACAACUGCUGGCCACCGGUGGAGGAGCAGGUUCCUCAUGAGGUGGCAAGAGGCUUGUCUGCUUGGAUGCUGGCUGUCACUAUGUGCUGCUGAGUCCUUCUUUGCUUGCCCUUCCUCCUGCAAGUGUAACAGUGGCAAUUUGGAAGUGGACUGUAGCGGCUUGGGCCUCUCUUCCAUCCCUUCAGACAUCCCCACAAACACCAGGACCUUCCUCUUUCUCAACAACAAACUCAGCAUCCUUCCAGGAGCAGUGUUUUCCAACCUCUCUGCCCUACAGAGACUGGAUCUAUCCAACAACUUCUUGGACCAGCUUCCUCAAAACAUCUUCAGUGACCUGGGGAACCUCACGGAGCUCCAGCUGAGGAACAACAGCAUCCGGGCCUUGGACAAGGACCUGCUACAACACACGGCCCUGCUGCGCCAGCUGGAUCUCUCCAUCAAUGGCCUGGCUCAGAUACCCUCGGGCAUCUUUGAUGACCUGCCUGCUCUCCGCUCCCUCUCUCUCAGGUCCAAUCGCCUGCAGAGCCUGGACAGGGUGACCUUCGAACCACUCAUCAGCCUGCAGCACCUCCAACUUGGGGAUAACCCCUGGGAAUGUGACUGCAAUCUCCGAGACUUCAAGCACUGGAUGGAGUGGUUCUCCUACAGAGGUGGGAAAAUCGAUCAGCUGGCCUGUACCCUGCCCAAGGAGCUGAAAGGGAAGGAUAUGCGAAUGGUGCCCAUGGAAAUGUUUAACUACUGCUCCCAGCUGGAUGAUGAGAACAGCUCUACAGUGCUGGACAAUACUGGCCCACCAUGCACGAAAGGAAGCCCAACUCCUCCCAAAACUAAAUCAGGCACAGAAACAGAAGUGGAGCCCAGUGUGGGAUGCCCUCAAAAACAGCGAUAUAGGCCUGUGAGCGUGCGCCGGGCUAUAGGCACUGUGAUCAUCGCAGGGGUGGUUUGUGGCAUUGUUUGCAUCAUGAUGGUUGUGGCAGCUGCUUAUGGUUGCAUCUAUGCCUCCCUUAUGGCCAAAUACCACCGGGAGCUGAAGAAGAGGCAGCCACUCAUGGGUGAUACAGAGGGUGAACAUGAAGAACAAAAACAAAUCUCUUCUGUGGCAUGAAACUCUUCUAGGAAUGAAGAGACAGCAAUGAACAAAGGUACCUGAGAGCAGUUAAGCAUGAGGUCCUCCCAAAAAACAUCGUCCCAGACAGACAGACUGUGCUAUUGCUCCACUCACCCAAGUAGUGCAACAUGCUUCUGGGGGGUCAGGGCAUCUGUCUCAAUUUCCAUUCCUCUGCCCCAGGCCCAUUUUGUGCCCUUUCACCCUUGGGCCCUUCCAGACAAAUAAAGUAGAGUCAGACCUCGAGUGCUC